CAAAUAAAUGUCUGAUAUUGUAGUCCCUGGUUUCAAGAGCUCCGAGCUCAUUGCCGAAUUGAACAAAGCUUUCGAAGGGUUCAGUGAUGAAGAAAGAGCAAAGAUGAUCAAGCAGGUCAACGGUGUCUUCCAAUUUGUUAUUAAGAAUUCCGAAGGAAAGGAAGAAGUUUUCACUGUUGAUGUCAAGAAGGAAGGAAAGGUUGUUCGUGGCAAGGGUAGUGUCAAAGCUGAUGCUAUCUUGUCCUUAAAGGAUGCUGAUUUUGUCGAUUUGGCCACUGGCAAGUUAAACGGUCAAAAGGCAUAUAUGAGUGGCAAGCUUAAGGUCAAAGGUCAAAUUAUGCUCGCCAUGAAGCUCGACAAUGUCUUCAAGGCUGUCAACCCUACUGCUAAACUUUAAAAAAUGUACCAUAUCAUCUAUCGUUUCUUUAAACACUCUAUUAUUCCAAAUUGGCUCUGUAACGACAAUAAAUAAAUUAAAAAGCGGAGACAGGCUUUCUCUUUUUUGUUUAAAAAAA